AUGGGAUUGAGGGAUUUGAAAAAUGCAUUCAAACGCAUGGAUAUCCAUCAUCACGGUCAAAAUGUAUUACCCAAGCAAAAUGAAGCCAAUGAAGCCUCCUCGCUGAAUUAUCAAGAGCAACCGAAGCAGCAGCACCGCCCACUUGGUUCAAUAGAUGGUGAGGAUAUAUUUGAACAACCAAUUGCAGCCGGUGAACCACCACAAAUAUUUAAACGCAAAAACCAUGAACUUACUCCCCAGGGAUGUGCAUUGGAACAACCAAUUCAAACAAACAAUUUUUCCAAUAAUUUGACGUUGGAGGAUCAAACGUUUCCAGUUUGGACUCUCCCAUACUCUUUGUGGUUAACAAAAGACCCGGGUCAAGAUUUUGGAUUGGCAUUGAAUCACACUGAUGCAAAUCAGAGGGUAUUUGGACCAGAGCCGGAUGCCAAAGUCGCUCAGUUUUAUUUCAACCCACCAAGAAUUAAAUCAUUUGUACUCUCGGGUGAGAACUUUGACAAUGUCAGAAUGACGUUACAUGAUCAUCGAAAAAUGUCUGUAACUGCCAGGCUAGAGAUCCCGCAAGGGUGCAUUGAGAUCCCGUUGAUACAAGGUAUGGGCUUUAUCACUGCUAUAUAUGACAGAAUCAAGCCCGUUAUUGCUUCGCAAGUUGGGUAUCAAGAAUUCAAAAAAGUAGGCCAGAUUGACGGACUUCAGAAAUACCAAGUCAAAUUGUUUAAUCAAGUCAUUUGGUCGAUUUAUAGUGACAUAGAGUUAAAUCUAACCGAUCCCAACCAUAUCGUUGGGCAAAGUCCAGGUACAGUGCAAAUUUGCCGUGGAGACUCUUCCCACUAUGACGAUGCUGUUGGUUGUUAUCCUACUAGUGCAGAUAUAUCAGGAACGGUGAAAGGUGAUUGUGGUGAAUACAAGAUCAAGUAUGACAUAAAAGGAAGAUCAAGAUCGGGUAAAACGAUAAUCUGGGCCUUACCCCACCAUCAAGAAGUUUUGACUUCGGAUGGUGAAACUGAUCUAAAGCUUGAUUCGACUACAAAGGGAGUAAUGAAGGCAUACAAGACCAACGAGCUAGUCAUGCAAGAACAGGGGUUGCCGGUAGAUAUAUUGUGGGAUCCAUGGACCACUUUUGCAACAGGGGCACAUUUUUCCGAUUCAACUAUACAAUUGAUUCACCAGGGUGCUACUGAAGAGGUAAAGCAAGAUGUUGUUGGUAUGGCCAAUAUAGACUCAAUGUACACCUCGGGCAAAAUUUUGGACAAGUUUGCUUAUAUUGCCCACGUUUGUCACUUUAUUUUAAAAGAUGACAAACUCACCAAUGACAUCCUCCCCAAGGUUAAACAAGCGAUUGAGAUUUUUGCCAGAAAUCAACAGAAAUUCCCAUUGGUUUAUGACACCACUUGGAAAGGCAUUAUUUCGUCUGCUGAACCAGGAGCCGAUUUUGGAAAUUCAAACUACAACGAUCAUCAUUUCCAUUACGGUUACCACAUACAUGCGAUUGCUUUGGUUGCCCAUAUUGAUGAGGGUUGGCUACAUGCAAACAACAACCUAGUAUAUGAUUACGCAAUUGCACUUCUCAGAGAUGUUGCUAGUCCUAAAGCCGACCAGUUUUUCCCACAAUCUAGAUCAUUUUGUUGGUAUCAUGGCCACUCCUUCGCUCAUGGAAUCUUUGCUUCUGGAGAUGGCAAAGAUGAAGAGUCGUCGAGUGAGGACUAUCAUUUCGCUUAUGGAAUGAAAUUGUUUGCAAAUGUCGUCCAUGAUCAAGCAAUGGAAAGCAGAGCUAAUUUGAUGCUUGCCAUAAUGAAAAGAUCGAUGAAUAUGUACAUGCUUUUCUCCAACGAUAACAAAAUCCAGCCAGCCAAUUUCAUUCCUAAUAAAGUGGCUGGAAUUUCGUUUGAAAAUAAAAUCGAUUAUGCCACCUAUUUUGGUAGAGGUACAAUUGGUGACGAAUGGAUCCACGGGAUCCACAUGUUACCUAUAACACCCAUUUCUGGAUAUAUCCGUGGGCCAAACUUUGUUAAAGAAGAAUGGGAUCAGAAAUUAGGUCCUAUCAUUGAUAGAAUUCCAGAUGGCUGGAAAGGUAUAUUGAUGUUGAACAAAGCAUUGUAUGACCCAAAGAGUUCGUACGAUUGGUUUGCUAGAAAAGAUUGGGACCCGACCCAGAUUGACAAUGGUAUGUCCAGGACUUGGUCAUUGGCAUAUGUUGGGGGUAUCUUGGGUUAA